UGCCACUAAUCACUUGCUGCGCCUUGCAUUGCAAGUUUGCAAUAAUACUUCAUGUACAUGCUGCGCUGCUCUGCUUUCGUACGAAAACAAAUCAGCAAAUACACUCAGGUAGCUGUAUGUUGUACCACCCAAAAUGGUGCAUAUCCGUCCGAUAUAUACAGCGGGAAAUGUCAUGUCUUUGCUGUAACAUGUGUUGACCUUUGGUCCAUAAUUCAAUAGCCGCAAAUGUUCUCGACCUGAUGCCACGACGAACAAGACCUUUCGUCUGCACUUAAUUAGAUCGGACCGGAGGUUAUAACCCGACGUGAGGCUUUUUUGUUUCUUACCUCCAUCGUCGUUUCGAGAUGUUGUUCUUCGUUUUUCAGCUGUUCCUUUUCUUAUACUGGAACACUGCCACCGCCUCUUCCACUCUUCCAGACGAGCUUUUCUCUCCUCUCAUACCACAGAAAAUAGCCAAUACGUCGAACUCUCUACCUUCACCAAUCCAGUAUCCUCAAUACACCAACACAUGGAAUGUCAGCAAUCCUGGAACUUGGCUAGACUUUAUACCUGACACUUGGACGUCUGGCUUCUUCCCCGCCUCCUUAUACGCAUUGAACACCCGCAAAACUCUAUGCGGGGCGACCGACGCGAACGCUUUGGGAAUUGCUGAUUGGCUGGAGCUGGGUCGAUCUACGAGCACGGGACUAAUUCCGCUGGAAACUAACAACACGAAUCUGCAACACGAUGUAGGAUUCGUCAGUUUUCCGUUUGCCGAAGAACUUUUGAUCGAUUCACAAAACGAGACCGCUAUACAAGCUAUUAAUUUAUUCGCUGCAGAUCUUGCCGCAAGAUUCAACCCUGUUGUCGGUUGUACACGAAGUUGGGAUACAUCGGACCCCACCGAUUUCACUGUCAUCAUCGAUAACAUGAUGAACCUAGAAGUCCUUUGGGCAUCUUAUGCGCUCACUGGGAACCAAACGCUGAUCAACAUUGCCAACGCACAUGCCAACACGACUAUGAUCAAUCAUUUUCGCGAAGAUGGAUCAACUUGGCAUGUUGUAGAGUACAAUUCAACUACCGGAGAUGUCAUCCGUAAAAGAACUUCACAAGGAUAUUCUGAUUCCAGCACCUGGAGUAGAGGCCAAGCAUGGGCUUUAUAUGGUUUUGCAAACAUGUAUAACCAUACAAAAAACCCAGACUUUCUUAGUACGGCUCAACGUGCCGCAAACUAUUUCUUGGACAACAUCCCAUCUGAUGGAAAUGUGCCUUGGGAUUUCAAUGCUCCACUGGAUCCUCCUCCUCGCCCAGCAGACUCAUCCGCUGCAACUGUCGCUGCCAAUGGGCUACUUCUUCUUGCUCAAGUAGACCCAACUAAUGCUGCAAAUUGGACAAAUGCUGCCAUUCAGAUUUUGCAAAAUGUCACUUCUUUAGCGUGGAAUCCCUCCUGGCAGAGUCUAUUAUCGAACGGGACAGUCAAUUGGCCCGCGAAUAAUUUUUUGACUGGUAUCGUCUACGGUGACUACUACUACAUCACGGCUGCGAACAAGCUUGUUCAGAUGGGUCUUGCGGAGUGUAAUGGGUCUACAGCAUCAAAUCCAGCAUCAAAUCCAACUUCAACACCAUCUCCAGCAUCAAAUCGGGCUUCUUUGGCACAACUCAUCUCUCAGGACGUGAAUCUAUACAUUAUUAUCACCUUACUUUCAGUGUAUCUGUAUUGAAAUGCACAGUCGGUUCUGUUUGCUUAGGCUCUAGUCUGUUUGAGAAAGUAAGUUUCUUCGAACAGGAUUAGGAGCUCUAUU